AUGGACUCCAUGAGGUCUCUCAACACCUCAUUACCAAGCUCGACACCCCGCCCACAGCCCCCCGAGCAGCUCCUUCAACAAUUCAAAACAGCCGCCCUUUCGGUCACAAAUCUCUACAAGAAUGCCGUGUACGCAGAAUCACAAGCCAGGCAGGCUGGAUACCAAGAAGCCAUUGAAGACUUGCUGCAUUUUCUCGACCGGGAGAACCUCGGAUUAACUGAUGGAGAGGGUUGGCGGGUUCGACAGUGGGCUACGGAACGGAGCGAUGGCCUAGCUCAUACAAGCGACGACGACGAGACCGAGAAGAGAACUAGAAGCGCUACUCCUGCCGUACCACGUAAGGAGGCAUCUGAGCCAGAAGCCCCUCGACAGGUUUCGAAGUCCACGUCACCCCACCGGGAAGAACAAGCCGCACCCCAGCAACCACCCUCGACACCCGCCGCCCAACCCUCCGAACCCGCCACUUUCGACCGAGCUCCUGUUUUCACCUUCUCUGCUGGCCCGACUUUCCCGCAAGUUCAGGAGCAAGAUCUGGACAUGCACAACUCGGACAGCUCAUCGCCGUCACCGCAGAGUGAGACGUCGCCAGCAGUCUCGGUCCUUGCACGAAACUCUCGCCAACAAAACCGCCACGGUAAUCUGUCUCGUCCAAGUCCUCGAAACUCAACGCGCGAUUCUCCCGUUGGGAUUGGCUCAAAACGAAAGCAUAAUUUCCCCGAUUUUUUUGACAUAGCUGGGAUGAACAAUAACCGAGAUAUAUUUGGAGGCGGCAAACGUGGUCGUUUUACCUAG